AUGGCAGAGACAAAGGACGAGAAGCUGGGCGAAGAUACCGGCGACGAGGUCGCUGAGAUCGCUCAGGCAAAUGAACCCAUGAAAUCGAAGAAGGGAAAGAAACCCAAGAAGAAAAACAAGCCGAAGCAAAGAAAGAUACAGAGGAAGCCGUACGCUGCCCAUAAACGCGAUGAAGAGCCUCCCUCGGCUUCUCAAGAAACGCUUGAUUCUUCAGCUCUGCUGAACCAAGGCCUCACUCGUCCAUUGGAGAAUGUAACACCUGGCACUGCUUCUGUCAGCCAAUCCCCGCGCGUGACGAACAGCGCAGUUGUCCCAGACGUUGAUUGUUUAUCUUCGCCUGCGGAAAUCAAAAAGUCCCACAAGCAGAAGGUCUCGCCAAGCCCACAGCAACAGAAACUCGAGAAUACUUCACACAUCAUCAGGAGACACGUCGAGAGAACUAUGGCUACCGUUGGUUCGACCAGCGAAGGCUCGGGACUGGGCAAAAGCCCGUGUGCUGAAGACCGGGUCAAGGAAGACAGUGCAAUCGGUCGCCAGGCCAUGGAAAACAAGCGAAUUCACCAAGAGGCAGAUGAGGAUCUUGUCGCAGGUUUAUCGGCACCGCUACAAAACGUGCAUCUUACAGGCGACUUGACCAAUACUCAGACGUCGACCACGUCCGCCGUAUCAUCAACUGUCCCCAAGUUCAAGUUCGACAGCAUGGAUCCUCGACUGUUAUGCCCGAAGCCGGAUUGCCGCCGAAUGACCAGCUGCUGGGACUCUCUUGUUGUUAUCUGCCCUGCCUGUGGACCAGAAAGCUACGUACGCUAUUGUCGCAAAGAACAUCUUUUCGAAGACAUCCAACGUCACUGGGUGAUGGAAUGCGAAAAAGCCAGGAUACUAGGGCCAAUCGAUCGAGAUACGAUACGGAAGAGUCAAACACCAACUAGGGCAUAUGUCGUCGGCCACCGGCAUAAUCUGGUUGAACGUCACCGACAGGCGGUCUACCGUGCGAUGUCGGAAAGCGACUAUUUUAUCUUCAACGAUGUUGAGAUGGUCGACCGCGACAUUGCCAGGCCGAGCAAUGAGGAAUGGAACGCAGUACGUGGAACAGGCCAAGUCGUGCUGCAAUUGGUCUUUCCAGACGACAUGACUCCCCAAUCAAGCCGAAGAUUGUUCGAACACCACAUCGUGCAGUGCCUGAUGUAUGGAAAUCCAUUGGCCCGUGAAAGUUGUUUGACUGCGUUCCACUUAAUUCGAGAGGCUCUCAUCAUCUCUGGUAACUGGACGGAACAGAUAGUGACCUAUCUGUGUAUGCAGUUGGCGGGAGAAUGGGGUGGCUUCGCUGUUCCCGAACACUUUCGGAAUGUGCUUGAGGUGAACAAGAUGUGGCGAGAGCGAGGGCUUCUUCCAAUAUUGCAGAGUGAAUAA